AUGGUUAUAUGUUUUAUGAAAAUAGUUUUAUACAAAAUUAUUGAUGCUGAUAAACCAUAUUUAACUGGAAGUUAUUCAUCAUUACAAAAUACACCAGGUUUAUCAAUUGUUCCAGUGAUUUCAACUGAAAUGAAUCUAGUUGCGUAUAAAGAUGGUAAACCUGAUACUUUUCUUAUCUUUCAAGACAUGCUUAUCGCAUUCCUAUCGCAGUAUGAAUAUUACUCAUACACAGGAAACAAUUUGCGCGAUUGUUCAGUGCAGAAUGAUUCCCAAGCUUUAACUUAUGGAACAUUAGUUGAAACAAGCUGCCUUUUCAAUUUGGAUUGGUCUUAUGCAUGUAAUAUCAACAAUUAUUUUGGGUAUGACAGUGGAUCACCUUGUGUAAUAAUUAAACUUAAUCGUCUCUAUGGUUGGUUGCCUGAUAUACGAUCAAAUGAGAAUGGGAUUAAGAUAUGUUGUAAAGGAGCUAAUCCAAAUGACGAUAUUCUUUUAGGUACAAUUUGUCUGUAUGAUGCUUAUAUACAUACAGAAGAAGGAUGUGGACGACAAUGCGCUUUUAUUCCUCAUCAAUAUUUUCCAUAUUUAAACCAAGAAUCAUAUCAGUCUCCGUUAAUCUUUCUUCAGUUUCAAAAUGUCAAGAAAAAUGUUUUGAUACAAAUCCAUUGUGAGACAGUAAAUUUGCCUAAUAAGAUGAGUGUAAAUUUUGCACUUCUGGUGGACUAG